CGGCGGCUUGGGGAUGACAACAUCCUCCCCGCGCGCCGAUGUGUUUGUUGCUCUUGCUCCACGUCGCAUGCAGGUGCGGCCGCGUGCGCGUAUAAAUUUCGUGAAAGUCCACUCCGUUCCUCGAACUGGAUCGAGUAAUCCGUCGACUGUUCUGGACACCAGCACAGCAGGUUCGGAUCGGCGGCAUUGUCACUCAUGGCGUUCUUCGAGGAGAUGGAGUCGCGCUACGUCCCCUACCUCCGCACCCACCUGCACCAGUUCGCAGCGUCGGUCUCCGCGGCCAGCUGCGAGGAGGGGCCGGGCGCCGGCGGCGAUGACGAGUGCCGCGACGAGCCGGCCGCGCUCAGGCUCAAGAUGGUGGCCGUCGCUACCAUCCUAGUGGCUGGCGCGAUCGGCGUCGCGAUCCCGCUCGUCGGCGGCGAAGAGGGCUCGUCCUCCGGCAGCGGGACGUUCGUGCUCGCCAAGGCGUUCGCGGCGGGGGUCAUCCUCGCCACCGGGUUCGUGCACAUGCUGCACGACGCUGAGGAGAAGUUGUCCGACCCGUGCCUCCCGGCCAUGCCCUGGCGCCGGUUCCCCUUCCCGGGCUUCAUCGCCAUGCUCGCCGCGCUGGGGACGCUCGUCAUGGAGUUCGUCGGCACCCGCUUCUACGAGCGCAGGCACGGCGAGGAGGCUGCCGCGGCGGCCACAGCUGGGCAUGACGACACGACGGCUCUGCUCGAGGACGGCGCGCUCGCAGGUGUCGCUGCCACCAGGAUGAGCGGCGACGACGACAAGCAUGACGCGAUGCACAUCGUUGGGAUGCGCGCCCACGCGGCUGCGCACCAGCAUAGCCAUGCGCAUGGCCAUGACGCGUGCGAUGGAGGAGCCGUGUACGACGCCCACGCCCACGGGAGCGAGGAGAGGCCGUCCCAAGCUCGUCAUGUGGUUGUCUCGCAGAUUCUGGAAAUGGGGAUUGUAUCCCAUUCGGUGAUCAUCGGGCUCUCUUUGGGCGUUUCGCAGAGCCCAUGUACCAUCAAACCUCUUGUUGCUGCUCUCUCCUUCCACCAGUUCUUCGAGGGUUUUGCCUUGGGUGGCUGCAUUUCUGAGGCUCAGUUCAAGAAUUUCUCUGCACUCCUGAUGGCUUUCUUCUUUGCUAUCACAACACCUGUUGGGAUUGCCUUGGGGGCGGGGGUCGCGUCGUUCUACAGCGCCAGCAGCCCCAGGGCAUUCAUGGUGGAGGGCAUCCUUGAUUCAAUGUCAUCCGGAAUACUGAUCUAUAUAGCAUUAGUGGAUCUCAUUGCUGCUGAUUUCCUUAGCCGGAGGAUGAGCUGCAAUCCGAGGCUACAAGUGUGCUCAUAUGUUGUCUUGCUUGUUGGGGCUGUUGCCAUGUCAGCACUUGCUAUCUGGGCUUAGUGAGUAUUCUUGAAGAAAUGUGCCUUGGGACAAGUUGCUUGGCGUUCAAUGCGCUUGGAGUUUUCCCUAGCUGCCAGUAAUUGAGGCCUUUUAUUUCUCUAUCCAUUCUUCUCAUGGUGGUGGGCCGUAUAAGUUCUCAUUGUGGUGGCAGAGAAUUGAGGCUAGUUUAUUAUAAGGAGUUUUUUAGUCUCCCUAGUCUUUGCAGAUGUACAUUUCAUCCUCAAUUGAGAAACAGUAUAACGAGGCUAGCUACGAGCCUCCACAGAAUAUCACCGUUUCAGCCGUCCGAUCAAACAUACGAUCUCAGAUCAAAUGGUGUCAUUCCUCGCUCGCACGCGUCGCGGGCCGCUGCUCCGCGGAACGAGCUGGUUUUCCUCUCCGCACUCGGGCCUUCGAAGGCCCACGUCGUUCCACUAACACCUAGGGGUCGUAGGCGUUCUAGGGUUAUCCUCCCCGUCCGAACAGUUUUUGUGUUCCUUCCGCGCCGCCGUUUCUUGCUUCUCGAUUCACCGGCGUUCCUUCUUCCUCAACACGCCAUGUUCCGCCGUCGGCGAGCUUCUGUUGCACAACUGCCUCCGCGCCGGUGCCGUCCACCUGCCCUGAAAUUUUCGUCCGCAACCCCUUCUUUACGGUUUUUUAGUUUUGCGUCCUGCAGGGUUGGUCAGUCUAUUCCUCUUCUGUUUCUUCCCCUGCGGCGGCGGACUCGGCGGCGCCAUAGUACAGGAUGAAUCGGUCGUCUGCGUCCUGUAACUCGCUGGAGUCGCCUUCAAAAUUUCUCUCUUGGGGCUGGAGCUGGACACAGGGUGUGGGAGCAUCAUUUGCGAGAAUGCCUUCUAGAUAGGUUUCAAUACAGGCUGAUCUAUCUGCAACGCUGCCGCAGCAGAGUAACACUAAAUUUUGUUUGGGGUGUAUGUCAUCGUAUACUGUAAGUUAUUUUGUGUGAUUCUUUUGUGCUUGGAUUAGCAGGUAAUAUCAUGAGGUUUCUGGAUCUCAGCGGCAGAAUAAUAUUUCUAGAAAAUAUGAAUUACAUAUCGCUUGUUACCUUGCCCAAUUUUUCUGCAUGACUGGAUUAAGAGAACAAUUUUACCACCAGCUAUCAACCCAGCACAAGGUUUCUAGAACUCACAAACAAUAUAGUCCAAAUGUUCCAUGGCAACAAAAAGCAAGCAACUACCAAGUCAAAGCUUCCUGUAACCGGAAAAAAAAGCCCCCUGUCGCUCCCAAGGCGAAUGAUGCCACAUCUAAUAGUGUCGUGCCUAAUGCUGCCAAUAGUCUACCAGGGUGUACUCGAAGCCACUGAAGCUCAUGGAUUAGCAUUGUCCCGCUCUAGAUGAUGUUCUGAUUUGUACUCCCUCCGUUCCAAAUUACUCGUCGUGGUUUUAGCUAAAACCACGACGAGUAAUUUGGAACGGAGGGAGUAGUAAACUAGAUUGUGUCUUUCUUUUUGAGAGGGAAUUAGAUUGUGCUUUUGUUGGAACAAACACAACAUUAUUCAGGAUGUUCUUUUGGUUUCAAUGUACUGUGUUAUUGUGAAUGUAUACUAAUAUGUUAUAGAGUUUGGAACAAGAUCAGUUAGUACUA